AUGAGUGAAACACCUUCAACUAGUUACUCGGUGAAUCAGCCAAACUCCUCCGAGAGCGAACAGAGUUUAUCCACGCGCCAUUUCAAUGUUACUGAACCCGUUGUGGCAAAACGGAUCUGUUUUUAUAAAAGUGGAGAUCCUCAGUUUAAUGGGAUCAAAAUGGUCAUUAAUAACCGGUCUUACAAAACGUUUGAUGCCUUGCUGGAUAGUUUAUCCAAAAGGGUCCCGUUACCUUUUGGAGUAAGGAACAUUAGUACACCAAAAGGGAGACACAGCAUCACCAAUUUGGAGGAUCUUGAAGAUGGAAAAUCUUAUAUUUGCUCCCAUCAGAGGAAAAUGAAGCCCAUCAACCUGGAACAGGCCAGCAAAAAGCCGCUGCCCUGGCUGAUCAGUAGGCCUGUCAGCGCUCAUGGAUUUGGCCAUCGAGAAAACAAAAUAACAACUCCCAAAAACAUGCUUGUUUUCAAAAAUGGGGAUGUAAGACUCAGGCGCACUGUAGUUCUGGGAAAGAAAAAUACACAAACCUUUGGGGCCUUUCUAGAUUAUAUGAGCGAGUUAAUGCAAUAUCCAGUCGUGAAACUGUAUACCACUGAUGGCAGAAAGGUUCCUAAUCUUCAGGCCCUGAUAUUGUGCUCUGGAGCUCUAGUCGCAGCGGGGAGAGAGCCUUUUAAGCCAAGCAAUUAUGAUUCUCUUGGGUAUUCACGGCCUGCUAAAUUGCUUGGAAUUGCAAAUCGUGUGUACCCAAAAGCAAAUGCCAAAUCAGAAAGUGAAAACACAAGAGCUGAAAUGAGCUCUAGCUCAAGAUCUCAGAUAUUCUCAGUUUCUUCUGAUAAAGGGUCCAGCAAUGAUAACUCAAAUGAUAACAACUCGGAUUCUUCCUAUGUUCCUGACAGUCAUAAUAGUAUAGGAGGAAGUCAGUCAGUUACUGGUGAAGACUUAUCUGUGGCACAGUAUGAAGAUGACAUUGAGAAAUCUGUUCACGUUAAUCAAGAUGGCAGUAUCACAGUGGAAAUGAAAGUUCGAUUCAAAAUUAAAGAGGAAGAAACCAUUAAAUGGACAACCACUGUAAGUCGUGCUGGCCUUUCUGAUGACAAAAAUACCACCAUUUGCAAUUCUGCAAUGCGUGCGGAAGACUGCUUAUCCAAUGUAAAGGUAUCAGAACACAUAAAACCAAAAGAUGCUCUGUUUUUGAAGAGCCACAGUAAAGAAGAGGGAGAUUUAUUACAGCAAUUCAAUGCAGAAGUGUCAGACAAAGAAUCAGAGUCUGAUUUAAAAAUUGCUGGUUGUAGUAUCUAUAAGAGGAACAAUUUUGCAGAUCUAGAUGUGAACAAUGCACCUGAGGAUAAUAUCAGGCCUCGCUUUUACAGGCCUCCUACCCCUGGGCCAAGGCGUGUUAGACAAAAGAAAGCAGUAGUUGAAAGUGUCACCUUGGUUUCCGAGAAAGAAGUUCAGGAGAAGACAAUAGGACAGUUUUCCUACAGUGAGGAAAUACAGAACAAAUCAAAUAAAUCUGAGUAUUGCAUUGUAGCUCAUUCAGGCAGAAAAAAAUCAAGUGUCAGUAAUCCAAAGUUUAGCAAAAGCGUAUGUCCUGAAGAUGAAUUCUAUCACCAGGAUUCAGUGGAACAAAAUGGAUUAUCAUCUAAUAAAAAACCUAGAAGUAAUAACAACAAGUUGGCCAAGGUAAAAAUGAAGUCAGAUAAGUUAAAUAAGUCAGAGAGAGCCAUUACAUUAGAGGCUUUAACCCAGGAGGAUUUUCAAGAGGAGGUUGUUGAGCAUUCAGUUGAAAACUAUGUCCAAACCUGGCUGAAAAACUUGUCACCAAAUUCUGUCUUGCCCCCUAUAAAUAAAAAAGGGAACGUAGAGAAUAGCAAUGUCUGUCAUUUUCCUAAGGAAAAUACUGAUGCUUCUAUAGAUAAAGAAGCAAGAUUUAUCACAAAUAAAGUGCAUGUGACUGAAAAAAAACAUCUGCUUGAACAUAAUCUAACCAAAAAAGCAUUAAAGCCGAUUUGUGAAUCGGGAACUUUAGAAGAAUCAGCCAAGGAUUCAGGUGAAAAACAAACUGACUCUUUGAUUCAUGCUAAUACAACUAUAGUAGAAGAAGCCAAGUAUUCACUAAAGUCAGAAUUUCAUCAUGGUGGUAAGCUACACUUGUUUCAUGAAACACAUGACAAUGUGUCAGAAGUUGAUAUUCAAGAUACCAACCUAUGUCAAAGAAAAAAAUCUGAAGUUGCUGUUCAAGUUGAUUGUGCAAUUGCCAAUGAGAAAAUGGGAAUUGAUGUUCAGAGUAAUUGCAUGUCUAGCAUGUUGCUGCAUGAACUGCAAUCAGCUUUGCUUGGUCUCCAGAAAGAACAUAGUGGAUGUAUAGGAAAAGCUUGCAGCCUUUCAGAUCUUUCUCCUUCAUCUUUUGGUUCUUCCUCCAAUGUGCUCCUAGCUUGGCUACUUGUACUGAAUCUGAGAGAUGGUUCGACUGGGACAAUCAAAGAUGAUAUGCAAAAAGCUACCUGUAGCUGUUCUGAAAUACUUACACAGUUACAAUUUCUGAAACAAACUACAGUCAUAGAAAAAGUUGAUGAACUGAAGGCUGCUUUCUCACAUUUUCAACAAUCAACAGAAAAUAACUUAUUGCAAUUUGGGAGGGAACUCAAAAAGCAGGACUCCACACAUUGCCAUGAGAAUAUACCCAUAUCUGAAAUUCAUAAUGGUACACAUUUGCAUGAAAAUGAAAUAUCAGUUGAGCGUAGUGCUCCAAAGGACAGUGUAAAUUCUGAAGAAGCUCUAAAAUUGACUGAUGAAUUAGAAAGCUGUUUUGAUAUACAGAAAGAUCUUUAUCAGGAUACUUCUGAGUUAGAAGGUGCAAGAGAUAUACAUAUUGUUAGUGACAAAAGUGAAGAUGAGAAAGCUGAUCCAAAGUCAGCAGGUAAUGACAAAAAAACAAAUUACCAGCUUAAACUAGCUGCUGAAACCUCUGUAGACUGUAAUAAUGAGGAUUAUUCUGUACAGGAAGACAAGGAAGAAACAGAAACUGGUGAGGAAACCUCUGAGAGGUUAUCUACAGUCUCUCCAUUAUCAUUUUGUUAUGAAUCAAAGCAAAUUACAGAAUAUGAUAUGAGUGAAGGAGAACAGAAAUUGCAAGGAGAAGAACUGGAGAAUAAAAUGUGUUUAGACACUUCUCAACUAAAAAAAUGCUUGAAAAGUCCUGCGACUUCAGACUGGUCAGAUUACAGACCAGAUACUGAAGAGAGUGAUUGUAGCUUUAGAGCGUCCAGUGAUUUGACCAAUGAGAGUGGGGAGGAAGCAGUACUUGAAAAACAUUAUAAUACUGGCUAUGUAAAAAGAACUAUUGAACGACUUUAUGGCAAGACGGAAGCUUCAUUUAAGCCUGACUUUCACAAAGGUUUUCCUUAUAUGUCGAAAGUAUUUCAAAAGGAUGCUGAAGAAUUCCACUCUGCAGUGGUGGAAAAAAACAUUUUUUUUUCUCAAGGACCUGGGUCUUGUUCUGCCGAGAAGUUGUCACAUUCUUCACUACCUUCACAAGAAUUUCCAAUAAACAUCAACAAAGACAACACUAUAUCAAGAAGAGAAGAUACUUCUUUGCCAACACCACAACUUACUCUUAACAGAGAAGAGACAAGUUAUACUAAUGACUUUUCAGGGGAAUCUCCAACGCAGCAUUGUCAAGCUAGCAUAGGAACAAAUGAAGAUGAAGGAAUAUUAAUAGAGAAAGGCAAAUGGCUCCUCAAAGAAAAUCAUUUGAUAAGAAGAUCUCCACCUGAACAGAUUGGAAUGUAUGGUAAUUUGGAUACAACAUCAACAGAUACAGUCCUUGAUACUAACAGUGAUGAUGUCCCAUACUCACACUUUGGCAAUCUGAAUCAGUACCCAGUCCUCAAUGAAAUCUCUUCUUCAGAACUUGAAGACAUGGCUAAACCCUCUGAAAAUUUUUGCAACUACUUCAAUAUACCUCAUAACAGUGAUUCAGACCCCUUUCAGGAUGACAUAGGUGCAAAAAGCAAACGUAGCCGCAAUGGUAAGAUCAAUUCCCUUCCUGCAGCAAACAAAGAAAAGAUCAAACCAUCAGUCAUGGAAGGUUCUACUUCCACACAUCUUUCCACACAGGCUGAUACUAACUUUUCAGCUUUUACAUCUGUAGAAUUUAGAUUGCCCGAUAACAAAGUGCACCCAUUGGAACAGCCUUUAAAUGAUGAGCCCAUACAGUCUCAGCCAACUGAUGUUAGUAACGCUAACAGAAGUGCUCUUCAGGAAGAAGAUUCUCUGGAUAAACUCCAUGCUAUAUGUGGCCAACAUUGUCCAAUACUAAUGGUGACAGUAACACCACUUAAUGAGGAACAGAGAGGAUAUGCCUACCGAAAGGCAUCUGAUAUCGAGAACCAGCUGGGUCUGUGUUUGUUGGCCAAAAAGAGUGAACAUAUGCAAUGGUCCUGUGAAGAUUUAAUAACAGAUGAAAAUAGUCAUGUGACUCUGAAGAAUAACUGCAUCAAUAAGAUUGCCAAUAAUAUUUUUAAUAAGUUUUAUGCUAAUAACACCUUAGAUUUUAUUAGUAGCUUUGGAAUACUUGCAACUUCAACUCUGAAAGGCACAAGCAGUUUAGGGAAGUUACAUGGUAUAGAGGAUACAAAUGUAAAACCCAUGGAAGUCAGCAACUGUCAAAAUAAUGUAUCCAAACACAUACCUAGUGAUUUUGUGAUAGGCACAAAUAGUGAUCUACCCGAUAGAAAGCCAAAAAUAUGCCAAACCCUAAGAAUAAGCCUAAUUCAUAUCAUUGGAGAAAAAUUUUCUCCCAUGCUGGCAGAUCCAGCAAAAACCUGUCAUUCUGAAACAUUUCUGAA